GUUGAUUGAGGAAGUGCUUACCCUGGCCAGAACUCUAGCCUGCAAGACAACACUGGCCAGGUCUUCACAUCCUCCCUUGGUAUUGGUUUGUCGCUUGAAAAGCAACCGUCGCAGGUGCCCUUCGCCAAACGAUCAUUCAACCGGUACACGUAUUGUUACCUAUCCGCCAAUGAGCUGAUCUUGCCUAGGGAGGCGUACGUUCGCAACCACUUUGUUGUUCGAGCAGACUCUCCUCUCUCCAUGCCUCUGACCUUCCUGAGCGUUAUCCUGACCUCCUUGUAUUCCCCGUCUUCCGCAUCAAUCAAGCGCACUUCCUCUGCCCCACCAAGCCUCACAAUCCGUACAUCUCUGCACCGAACUUUCUUAGCAUCACUUUCUCAAAUCGCAUCCACAUGAGGAAUUGGCUGCGCCUGGCUUGUCAAGUUGUACUGAUCAGGCUGGAAGGAUAAUGGAGCCGCCACCUCCUCCAGACCACCACUUUGCUCCAGUGAACCCUGACGUGCACAUCUUAGACGACGAGUUCGAUAUCAUAGACGAAGAACCUGUGCGUUACGAAGAACGGAGGCCGACUGUUCAACAGCGCAUGUCAGCGAUGUCGGUACACGAUGACCCGCCAGAGAUUCGGCCUCGCGGCGAGCCUAAGAAGUCCAGUGAGGUUCUUCCAGACUACGUUUACUAUCGGUUGAGGAAGAGUGGUGACGACUGGGGCGCCGCUUCCAAAUCAAGAAUUGUCGCUCCCAUCGAGGACAUUGAAAAGACAGCUCGGAAGGGUAGAGGCGGAGAUGGCCCCAUUCUCGACCAGAUGAAACGCAUGUCUGAUCUGCGACGAGACAUGAUUGAUGAGGUGGUGCAUUCGGCUAACAAGAAAGAGACUGGUGAUCAUCGCUUCCAGGUGGCAUAUAUCACGUCCAAAAAGAUUCGGAAGCGCAGCGGCAAAAUCGAAGUCCCAGAGAUGGACCUCAUCCUGGCUCGAACCAAAGCCAAACCUAGAGGUAGGGGUAACUCUGUCAAUGAAGAGAUUAUAAAAAUCAAAGAGAAUAAGGGAUCGAGUGACAAGGAGAAGAAACACGACGUCGACGGCUAUGGUCGCUCACGGAAAGAUUCAGUACUGGAACCGCUCAAAGACCCUAUUGCCAACUUACCACUUUUUGAGCAUGAUGGACGACCCAGAGAUGAACUAGGCCCAAUCCAUUUCAACAAUGCUGGACUUCCGCCUCAAAUCCCCCAAGAGAAGCCGCUUGGGUCCAAAGCUGAGUCCAAAAAGGAGGACAAAAAGCGAGACAAAAGUCGUAAACGCAGCAAAUCGCGGGACAAGCAUUAUGCCGAAGAUGAUGUCGUGAUGGUGGGUGAUGUGGAGGAGUUCCAUGCCGCCGAAGACGCGCCUCUUGUUGAUGGCAUUUUUGCCGAAGUAUCUUCUGACAAGCGUGGCCGGCGAGGAAAGUCUCCAUAUCCGACCGAGCAUCCCGAGGUGCUAGGAGAGCCUCGAAGGUCUCACUCUCGACGACGACCGCCGACGGAAACCCGGGGCCACUCCCGGGACAAAUCUCGAUCUCGAAGAGGCUCGGUGUACAUUCCCAACCAGCACACACGGGAGUAUUUCAACGAAAGCAGUGCUUCCUCCCAAGCCAGCGACUCCAGUCAUUUCGGCUUUGUCGAGUAUGCGGAAAGCUCUGGAACGUCACUGACCUCAGGUGGCGUCCCUCGACGUGGUAGUCUGGUCCGUCGCGAACCUCGCCCAGAGACCGUUUACAAAACGCAUCAUCGCGGACCGGCCAGAGGUGCGUCGUACGCCGAGAAGUCAUAUCGUGAUGACGAACGAGUCGUCAUUCCCGCCCGGUCGCGCAGAGAGUCGUUUGUAGCCUAUCAGGAACGGCCACCAGCCGAGGUUCGAUAUGAGCGUGCACCUCCACGGCUAGUGCGACAGAUGACCACGCCGAUCCCUGAGGAAAGGCAGGUCAUGUAUCAUCAAGAAGUCGUCCCAGUGCGCCGGAUGACUGAUGCUCCUGUGAUUCGGUAUGUUCGCGAUACUGUCCCGCCUAUGGCUGGAUUCCCUGAGGAAGAGCGGGAGGUUUACUAUCGCGACGAUCUGGAAAGGCGGUCAUCCAGAGUGGAGGAUUAUCAACGUGAGAAGGUCAAGGAGGAAUAUUACAAGCAGAGGGAGCAGGAGUUGCACGCUCGGGAGCGGGAUCUCGAGCUCGCCGAGGCAGAUAUGAGAAGGUUGAGGAUCCAGGACCGGGAGUAUUAUGAUGAUAGGGAGAGCAGGGGGAGAAGGGCGUCCAAGCAGUUAUAUUAUGAUGAGGAGACUGGGCGGUAUUUCUACUAUGAGUGAUGCAAGGCCUUGGUGGUGCGGCUGGGCCUAUCGGACGCUGCGAGGCCAAGCCAUGAGUUGAUGAUCGUGGAAGACUGAUAUUGACGACGCUUCGUGCAGGUUUACGGACGAAGCGCGGUGGUACAAUGAUUGGGUUCUGUUGUUUCGAUUACUUAUAUCAAUUCCCGGCUCCUGUAUGGAAGGAGGUGCUCUCGCUUUUAUCGGUACGGCCAGUCCGAAACGAGACUGAGUCUGGGACGCAAGACAAAAAGUGAUGGGAGGCAAUCUGGUGGAUUUGUUCGACGGCAGGUGGGAAAUUUCCAAUGUCCAGGAAUCUUUCAGAGGGAGAUCAGUGGGCGAAUGUAUGGGGCCAGCACGACUCACGCUCGUUGCUAGCACAAAUCUUGCAACGACAUGUGCACAGACAAGAGCAGUGACAAGGCUGAAGCUCAAGUUUGCGGGCUUGGACGCUUGGAUGCGAGGAUUGAUGAUCUCUUACGGCCUUUACGUUGCGUUGCAUUUCUUUUUUUUUUUUUUUU